AUGGGGUGGACCGGGACCGUGGGCGAGCCGGCCGACAUCACCAAUUACACGGCCGUCUUCCGGCUCCAGCAGCCCGGGGGUGCCCACCCGCGCAAGGUCGUCAAGCGCAACAGGCAGCCCGUCUCGUGCGCGCCGUGUCGCGCUCGCAAGCUCAAGUGCGACCGCCAGCAGCCCUGCGGCGCAUGCGUCAAGCGCUCAGAGGAGGGCGCGUGCAACUUCUCGUCGGCGGCGGCGGCGGCGGCACCAGGCGCUGCUGCCUCUGCUGCUCCGGCUGCGACGAAUGGCGGCAGUUCCAGUGCGGGCAAAGCUGGGCCUUCGGGCUCUGGCUCCCGGCAUGAGGUGCAGAGUCGCCUGCAGAGGCUGGAGGAGAUGGUCAAUGGCUUGGUGAGCCACACGGCGGCGAAGAAGAAGUCCACCUCUUCGUCGAGUAAUGGCGGCGCUUCACAGACCCCGGAGAGCUUGCAGGUUAACUCAGCUGGGCAGGAGGGCUCGCCGGCGAAGGAUACUUCUACCGAGCCACAAAUGCCAGGGGCUCAUCUGAGUACCGGAGAUGAGGAGAUCCGGUUCGUCGGAACCACGAAUUGGGCUGCUGUGCUUGAAAGUAUUCGCGACAUCCAAGGGUAUUUGGAAGGUGAACAUGAAGGAUUGCCGAUCCUCAUGACGCCUGACGAGCAACAAUGCGUGGCAGGGAGGUCAGACAAUCCAGACAUGCUCUUCGGAUACCUCACUGCGCCAAGCAUACAGGAAGUGAUGGAGUGUCUGCCGCCCCGAGCAGACUGUGAUCAUCUGCUGGCUGCCUACUUCUUAUCAGACCAGGCUCAUACCCCAAUCAUCCACACAGGACAGUUCAAGAGGGUCUAUCAGAGAUUCUGGGAGAGUCCUGAGUCGACAAAUCUCCUGUGGAUCAGCAUCUUGUUCAAUGUGCUGGCGACCUCGACCCUCCUGCAAGCUGCGAAGACGGUGGUGUGUAACUCCUUAAUUAGAGACGACAACAUUCAAAAGUUCACAAACAUGGCCAGUCGAUGUCUGGUGGCAGGCGAGUACCUCAAGUCGAAACCCUACGCUGUCGAGGCCCUUCUCUUGCACACGCAGGGAAGUCUAAUGCAGAAGCGGGAUCCUGACCCGAUUAUCUGCUCAAUGUUUGGCAUUGCUACUCGCCUGGCGCAGCGCAUGGGCUACCACAGAGACCCAAGGCAUCUUGGGGCCGGCGUCACUGCGUUCGAAGCAGAGAUGCGUAGGCGGACAUGGUACAUGGCGGAGACCUUUGACCUCCUGUUCUCGUUCCAGCAGGGCAUGCCUACAAUUGUGCACGAGGACGAGUGUGACACGGACGGGCCGACGAAUUUGCGCGACGAGGACUUUGACGAAGACACGUCGGUGCUGCCUCCGGGGCGCCCUUUCACGGAGGCCACACCGGUACUGUAUUACUGCUACAAGUCUCCGAAGAUCCGGCUCCUUCGCCGGGUCAUUCGCCACGCCAUGUCUAGCAAGCAGACGGACUACGAGGAGACGUGGAAGCUCAGCAACGAGCUACAGGCUUUGCAUGACCGCGUGCCGCCGAGUCUACGAUGGGUGCCGAUCAGCACAACGAGUUUCCUAGACACGGGAACUCUCAUCAUGCGCCGCAUGACCAUCGAGGUGGUCUACUGGAAGAGUCUGUGCGUCCUACAUCGUAGGUAUCUCACAGUGGAGAAGGACAACCCCAAGUAUGAACGAUCGCGCGAGAUUUGCCGCGCAGCUGCCGUCAGGUUGCUGGAGCUUCAGGCCGAAUUCGACGACGAGACGCAGCGAGGACGACGGCUAGAAGGCGGGAUGUAUCUCAUGUCGAACUUGUCGAUGCACGACUUCCUCAUGGCGGCCAUGAUAGUAUGUCUGGACUUGUCGGAGAAGUUGCCCAGCAGCGAGACAGAGAGGACCCGCAAGGUCGAGAUCCUCCAGCGCACUUACAAGCUCUGGUCCAACAGGAUAUGCAUCAGCAAGGACGCAGCGCACGCCACCAGAGUGCUCGGGGCGAUUCUCACCAAAAUAUCCGCCCCUGUGCCGAAGGAGCCCAUGGCUCCUGUACAAUACGUGACCUUUGCUAGUCCUAGGGAGGGCGAACUCAAUAUCGACUGGAACCUCAUUGAUUCCUAUCUUUGGGAUCGAGCCCCAAACCCGGUGGAUGAGUCGCCGCUGCAUGGCUGGCCGUAUCCGCAGUAUGAUACGGUGGCGCCUGCAGAUACUAGUAACAGCACUCUGGGACACACUCGUUCCCAGUACAUGACAAUACAUGACACUGCCAUGUCAUAA